AUGGGCGGCCAGAUUUCAAAGAUGAUGGGCAAGAUCUUCGGAUCGAAGGAGAUGCGCCUCCUGAUGUUGGGACUCGAUGCUGCGGGGAAGACCACUAUUCUAUACAAGCUGAAGCUCAACCAAGACGUGACGACUAUCCCAACUGUCGGGUUCAACGUCGAGACCGUCACAUACAAGAAUGUCAAGUUCAAUGUCUGGGAUGUUGGAGGACAAGACAAGAUUAGACCCCUAUGGAGACACUACUAUUCAGGCACUCAGGGAUUGAUCUUCGUCAUCGACUCUUCAGACCACGAGCGGAUAGAAGAGGCGAGCCUGGAACUAAAUCGCAUUAUCAGGGAACGUGAAAUGAAGGAGAGCUUGCUGCUCGUCUUCGCCAACAAGCAAGAUGUCAAAGACGCGAUGACACCCCAGGAAGUGACCAAGGCCCUGAAGCUCGAGAAACUGGAAGACACGAUCUGGUAUGUCGUGCCAAGUUGCGCCACAACCGGCGAGGGACUCCUCGAAGGCCUCGCCUGGCUCUCCAACAACAUCAAGACACCGCCAGCAGGCACGGUCAAGACGUAA